GCGGAGAGACAGAGACAGGGACUGACUUGACUGGAGGUAACACUAGCAGGAACUGGAGCAGCUCGGCCACGGUGCUCAGAGGUUCACCUGUCCUGAGAGACGGACACUGCGGUGGAGACAGGGUGGACGCCAGAGCAGCAGGUGACGGCAGCAGGACACAACGUACUUGUGUGGCUUGGCAGGGGGUUUGUGGUGAGCGCAUGAGGAGACUGGCCACAACUCGACUAACAUCCAAAAGUGGGACGGAAGCGUGUGUGCUGUCUCUACACCUGCUGCAGUCAUGAGGUCCAUCCGAUCGUUCGGCAAUGAUGACCGCCAUGUCAUGGCUAAGCACUCCACCAUCUAUCCGUCAUCGGAAGACUUGGAGGCUGUGCAGACGCUAGUGUCCACCGUGGAGUGCGCCCUCAAGCAUGUGUCCGACUGGUUGGACGACCUCAAUCAGACUGACACAGAAGAGGAGGCCGCCAAGACGGAAGACUCAGCUGAGGGCAGCUCCAAGGAGCAGAGUGGGGGUGCUCUCUGUGGAGUGAUGCGCAUCGGCCUGGUGGCCAAGGGCCUCCUCAUCAAGGACGACAUGGACCUGGAGCUGGUGCUGAUGUGUCGAGAGAAACCCACAGAGACACUGCUCUGCACCGUCUGCGACAACCUGCCCCUGCAGAUCCAGAAACUGACGGAGGACAGGUACGAGGUGCAGCGCUGCAUCCCUGAAGCGGCCAUCCUGGUGCACAAGACCAAAGAGCCAAGGCUCACCCUGAAGGUCACCCUCACCUCCCUGCAAAUGAGGGAUGAAUACGGCAAGGGAGACGAAGUAGAGAAUGUUGAGCUGAAAGAUCCACCCGACGUGCUGGACCGGCAGAGAUGCCUGUUCGCGCUGGCGUCUCUGCGACAUGCCAAAUGGUUCCAGGCCAGAGUGAACGGGUUGAAGUCCUGUGUGAUUGUGCUACGUAUUCUCAGAGACAUGUGCAAUCGUCUGCCGGUCUGGGAGCCGCUGAAGGGCUGGCCCCUGGAGCUGAUCUGUGAGAAGGCCAUUGCCACGUGUAACCGGCCAUUGGGGGCGGGUGAGGCACUCAGAAGGGUAAUGGAGUGCCUGGCCUCUGGAAUCCUGCUCCCAGGUGGUCCGGGAUUGCAUGACCCCUGCGAGAAGGAGCCAACAGAUACGCUGGCGGGCAUGACAGACGAGGAGGCGGAAGCCAUCACGUUCAGCGCGCAGCAUGCCCUGCGGCUCCUCGCAUUUGGGCAGAUCUACAAGGUUCUGGAGAUGGAUCCCAUCCCCUCCAGCAAACCCUCCCAGAAGUACAUGUGGUCUGACAAAGAAGGAACAGGGCUGAAGAGGCCUUAUGAGGAUGGAGCCAUGGACGACAAAGACCUCAUCAAGAAGAUGAAGCGCAACUUGAGAAAAGUUCUGGACAGCAAAGCAAUAGACUGCAACCAACCAAUGAACGCUCUGAUGCGGCUGAACCAGAUCCGGCCGGGCCUGCAGUACAAGCUACUGUCCCAGUCUGGCCCGGUCCAUGCACCCGUCUUCACCAUGUCUGUCGAUGUGGACGGCGCGGUCUAUGAAGCAUCAGGGUCCUCCAAGAAGACGGCCAAGCUGCACGUGGCAGUGAAGGUCCUGCAGGCCAUGGGAUACCCCACAGGGUUUGACACAGACCUGGACUCCAUGAGCGCCGAUGAGAAGUCAGACAGCGAGGGCAAGAUUGAGAUGUCCACCAAUUCAAGCAAUAACAUGACAAACUCCACCACAGAAGGCUCAAACGCACUGGAGGUGCGAGCUCAGGGUCCUAUACUCACUGCUAGCGGCAAAAACCCGGUGAUGGAAUUGAAUGAGAAGCGGCGGGGGCUUAAGUAUGAGCUCAUAUCGGAAAGCGGCGGUAGCCACGACAAGCGUUUCGUCAUGGAGGUGGAAGUGGAUGGGCAGAAGUUCCGGGGGGCGGGGCCCAACAAGAAGGUGGCCAAGGCCAGCGCAGCUCUAGCUGCUCUCGAGAAGCUCUUCUCCGGACCCAACGCUGUCGGCAACAAGAAGAAGAAGAUCAUCCCUCAGACGAAAGGGGCCAUCGCUGCCGCUGCGUCCAUUGCUGCCCAGGCUGCCAGGGGUCGAGGACGGGGGGCUCUGACCAGAGGGGCGUUCGUCAGCACCGCCACAGCGCCCGGAUAUGUCACACCAGGGUACGGGACCCCUUACGGGUACAGCGCUGCUGCCGCCCCAGCCUACGGUUUGCCCAAGAGAAUGCUUCUGUUGCCUGUCAUGAAAGUGCCCACCUACCCCGUCCCUCACUACUCCUUUUUUUAGAGCAGGGGCCCACCCAACCCACACUCAUUCAACUUAAUAAACUGUACAGAAUUUUAGAAGGGAAAAAUAAUUUUUUUUUCCUCCAAACUCAACAUGGAGGAGUAAGGACUUGAGCAGUGGAUUAUUUGUAAAGUGCGUUUUUUUUUUUUUUGCUUUCAUACUACUUUAAUCUUUUACUGAUUAAAAAGUUUAAAUGCAGGUUUAAGGUCUUUGAAACUGCAGGUUUAAGUUCUUUGAAACUUGAAGGAUUUUUACUGUGAAGCAUUACCUCAUUCUUUGAAUAUAAAUUAUACCAGCCUUUUUGUUGUUGGUGUUUUCUGUAGGUUAAGAUUUACAGGCCAUGAGAUUUGGCACAGACACAUUCUGUAAGGGGGAUAAAAGCAAUGCGAAGGAUGUAUAGAUAAUUAUACUGUUGAUAACAAAUAAAAAUCUCCUACAACAGCUGAGUGGUGUACUGCCUGCCUGUGCUAGCUCCUUAGUUAGACUCCUGAGGCUGUAGCAUUGAGUCUCCUGCUUUGAAUGCCAUAGAUUUUAGUGAGUAGAAGAGCUCUGGGUGAUUCCUGCAGUGAAACAGGAAGUUAGAUGGUGUGUACAGGCAAUGGUGCUGGUGUAUACAGAAAGCAGAGUGUAGUAGUGCUAUUGGUGGCUUUGUGCAUCUUUAGUAGUACUCUUCAUUACCUGCCUUUGGGGUCCUUCACUUAGCUGUUGCAGCAACAUAGUUUCUUCUUAGAGGUAC